AUGAUGAUACCCUCUCCCUGCAGGCAGCUCCACUCCCCCACCAACCUCCUCCUCCUCUCUCUGGCUGUAUCAGACUUCUUCUUGGGCCUCUUGGUGAUGCCGGUUGAAAUCCUUCUGACAGUGAAAUGCUGGAUCCUGGGUGACCUCAUGUGUGCUCUUUAUUUUUUCCUACCCAUCAUCCUCGUCUCUGCCUCUGUAGGAAACAUGGUGCUCAUAUCGAUCGACCGCUACGUGGCGAUUUGUGACCCUCUGCAUUACCCGACCAGAAUCACUGACAGAGUAGUUACCGUCGGUGUUUGUGCGUGUUGGAUCUGCUCUGUUUUCUACACCGUUUUCCUUUUAUAUGAACACCUGAAGCAGCCAGGCAGGUAUAAUUCCUGUUACGGAGAGUGUAAGGUAAACGUCGCAGGAGAUGUGGACGUUGUUGUCAUCUUUAUUAUUCCCAUUACUGUCAUCAUAGUUCUGUAUAUGAGAGUGUUUGUCGUGGCGGUGUCUCAGGCUCGUGUGAUGCGCGCUCAUGUUGCCGCCGUCAAACUCCAGUCAGGGAUACUGACGACGAAGAAAUCUGAGCUGAAGGCAGCCGGGACUCUAGGUGUUCUUGUAGCGGUGUUUCUGAUGUGCUAUUCUCCAUACUACUGCCUCUCUCUCACAGGCCGCAACCUCUUGAUCGGUUCUACUACUGAGGCCUUCAUGAGCUUUGUGAUGUAUUUUAACUCCUGUCUGAACCCUGUGCUCUAUGCCUUGUUCUACCCCUGGUUCAGAAAAGCCGUUAGACUCAUUGUCACUCUUCAGAUACUGCAGCCGGGCUCCUGUGAGGCCAACAUACUGUAGAGAGACACCGUGCGGGGAGGGGGGUUUAUUAAUUUGUUAUCUGCUUGUGGUUC